UGUUCCUAGACUUCACCGCCAUUUUCCCAACAGAAAAACGUUCUUACCUAGUGCCUCCAUCUCCAUGGAUACAUAUAUCCUUCUUGUCAGUUCAUCUCCAACAAAGGAACCCCAAGAUUUUGGACAUGGGUUUCUGGAGAAUCAAAAUGAUGGGUCAAACGCAGGGUGAUGAUACUGUGGGUGACUUUGACAUGCUGUUGAUCGGGAACUUCUUGAAUUUUGCUUCGUGGGGCCACGCGCCCAUUGUCGAGCUUCUCCUGCAUUACAACGCUAAUGUUAACCUCAUUGACCAGUGGCAGCGCACUCCCUUGACAGAUGCAAGACUUUACGGGCAUCGGGAUAUAUGCAGAAUCCUGGAAGUAAAUGGAGGGAAGGAUGUUGUGGAUGAUAACGAUUUUUCCAAUGAUCAGCCAAUGGGUGUCCUUGGUGAAUCUCAAAAGGUCCAGUGGUGUGGAACAUGGGUUGUCAAAACAGUUAUUAAGAGACAGAUGCAUCAUCCCGUCAAAAUGGAUGUUCAGUUGAUAAUGUCUGCCAGGGAUAAUACUCUCUUACAAGAACUUAGACAUCCCAAUAUUUGCAGUUUCUCGGGGAACCUGGAAGACAUACUGAAUGAUAAAACUCGGCUUGACCUUCCCACUGCUUUGCGCAACGUGCUUGAUAUUGCCAGAACUAACAGGGGAAUGAAUUAUCUUCAUGAGCACAAGCCAAAUCCGAUAGCACACAAUCAUUUGGAUCUCAGAAACUUGUUGCAGGAUGAAGGUGACCACUUGAAAAUUGGCGAGUACUGGAUUGAAUUGCUGUACAAACAAAUACAUCCAAAUCAAGAUUGCGGCCAAAUGAACGAAAAUUUUAGCAUUAUGAGCAAUCCAUUCAAUGACACCAAGAAAGAUAUUUAUUCACUCGGAAUUAUAUUUUAUCAGAUGCUACAAGGAAUGCACCAAAUGAGCAGCACCAACUCUCACUUCCCUCAUGUCGAGCCUAUUGAUUUGGAAUUAAAGUUUGAGAUUAGCCGGUGUCCUAAAAGAAUUCAACAUUGCUGUUGAUAAGUUGUGUGGCUGCCAUUUUAGGCUGAUAGAACAGUGCACAAGUAAAGAUCCUUCUGAAAGGCCCUCCUUCACAGCAGUCAUAGAAAUUCUAGAAGAAGCUUCUGAUCGUCUGGGUCGGACAUGUAUUUGCACAGUGUAAAUAGACAUUACACUGCUGGAAUAAGUCCAAACAGCUACUCCUUAAUCCUAAGGUGAGAUAAUCUAUAAUAAACACUUAAACAUGCAUAUGCUUCUCCAAACUACUGCUUAAACUUAUCAUGUAGAUGUUACCUAUAGAGCUAUAUUCUCAAUAAGUUAGUUAGACUGCU